AUGGCGGCCGGUCAAAUAUUGCCACUAUUCCGUGUCCGCGACGAACGUGAGUCCGUCCGCGCAGUCGCAAAUACAAUCACCAUAUCCUUUGCUCAAGAUCCUUUGAUCAAAUGGUUGCGCCCUCGCGUUCCACUCUGGACGAGAAACAACAAAGGAACGUUCAAAUGGCAGUAUCGACGGGUUCAGCGGGCUAUUGCAGAUGGUAUAGUUCUACAAUCAGGGCCAGCUGCACACAUAGACCGAUUGUUCCCUUCAGGGUCUUCAGAGUCGUGUCAUACUGAACCGGAAAUGCUUGGUUCAGUGGCUGCACAAAGCAGCAGCAAGAAUGACGAUGGUGGUGAGGAUGCGGGUGUAGUGGUCAUGCUAUUUCCUCCCGCGGGGCAUAAACGAUGGACACUGGAAAGGCUUUUUCUUCUGUGCAAGCUAAGCUUGCUCGAAGUUUUUCGCUCAGUUUGUGAUAGGGGAACGAAUUCCGAGAGACUGGAGAUAAUGAUGACUAGCCAUGACGAGGCGAUUGCUCGAGUUGAAAUGCUACAUCAACUUCGCGACGUGUGGUACCUGGAGGUUAUCGCUGUCCAUCCAUCUCUUCAAGGUCGAAGGCUUGGGAAGAAGGCUAUGAACUCGGUGUUGGACUAUAUUAACCACGAGCCAGUUGUGCUCGAGUGUACGAGUGAGGAUAAUAUCCCAUUUUAUCAGAAAUUGGGGUUCGAGACUGUCGAAGAGGUCGAUUUGACAGAAAAUGGUGAAGCCGUUAGGUUAUGGAUCAUGCUACGACGGGCGCCUAGGAGGGGACAUAGUAAAUAG